GUUUUCCCCUGUGUUUACUUUCAGCUGGUUUAUCCUCAAGAUGUGAAGCUGACAGAGAAAGAGAAAACCAGCAUCUGCUACCUGUCCUUCCCUGACUCGUACUCAGGGUGCCUUGGGGACACUCAGUUUAGCUUCCGCUUCCGUCAGUCUGUCGGUCGCCGAACAUCAAGGCUCAGAGACGACCUUUACAACCGUGACGCUCCCGUCACACUGCAGAGAGAAACGGCGCAUUUCUACGGUUACGUCUACUUCAGACAAGUGAAGGACGUCUCUGUGAAGAGGGGCUACUUCCAGAAGUCCCUGGUGCUGGUGUCCAGGUUGCCAUACACUCACCUGUUCCACUCGCUGAUGCAAACCAUUGCACCGGAGUUCUUUGAGAAGCAUGAGCCCUGCCUUGAAGCAGUUUGUAACGAGAUCGACCAAUGGCCUUCACCUGUACCUGGGCAGACCCUCAACCUGCCCGUAAUGGGCGUUAUCUUACAGGUGAGGAUUCCUUCUAAAUUUGACAAACCUGGGGGAAGUCCGGUGCGACAGACGGCUAAAGAGAACCUGCUGCCGGUGCCGACCCUCCUGCCCACCAUCCACGAGCUGGACCUGUUUAAGUGUUUCCAGUCCAUUCUAAUCCACCUGCAGAUGCUCUGGGAACUUACCUUGCUCGGGGAGCCGCUUGUCAUUAUGGCUCCAUCUCCCACCGUUUCUUCGGAAACAGUCCUGGCUCUUAUCAGCUCCAUCAGCCCUCUGAAGUUCUGCUGUGACUUCCGACCCUAUUUCACCAUCCAUGACAGCGAGUUCAGGGAAUACACCACCAGGACGCAGGCGCCACCAAGCGUCGUGCUGGGUGUCACCAACCCGUUCUUCAUCAAGACAUUUCAGAGCUGGCCUCACAUCGUCCGGCUGGGAGAGGUCAAGAUGGCAGGUGAUUUACCGAAGCAGGUGAAAGUGAAAAAACUUUCUAAGCUGAAAACGCUUGACACCAAACCAGGAAUCUACACGGCUUACAAGACGUUUCUGCACAAGGACAAGAUCCUGAUCAAGAGGCUGCUGAAGGGGAUCCAGAGGAAGCGGCCGUCGGAGGUGCAGAGCGCCAUCCUGAGGCGACACCUGUUGGAGCUCACGCAGAGUUUCAUUAUCCCCCUGGAAGUGUGUGUGGCUUUUCAGAUUAAAGCUCGGCGUCAGCAGCUGCAGCUCAGAGACGGUGUGAUGGACAAACUCGACUCUUUCAUCGCCUCCAUCAUCAGCUCGCUGCCUGCCGACCUGCAGAUUGUGCUCGGCACAGGCGCGUCACCGUGAUGACAACUAACCCCACAGCCAGGACGCACGCUUGUGUUCAUCAGCAUCUUCACACUCCGCAGAAAAACCAACAUCAGCUCAAAUCUUCAGUUUUUGGAAUAUUUAAAUUUUAUUUAAACUUUAUUACCCAUCUCCAUCGAGCUGCUGCUCUGAUGUUUUGGUUUCUCUGACGGUGGAAUCAGGCUGUUCGUGUUUCACAGAAGUCGUAUUUUUCUAUCAUCUCCACAAACGGAAUGUAACACUAAGAAUGAAGCUCCACUUUGUUUGUUUGUAAACCAUUAUUUUGAAAUUAAAGUCUGAGCACUUCCUG